AUGUACCUGGGGGCCAAGAUUGGGUUCCUGGGGGCCAACGGAGCGGGCAAGAGUUCCCUCAUGCGCAUUCUGGCGGGGAAAGACACGACGUUUGAGGGGGAUUAUCACACUGACCUCCUCCACCCCCUCCUCCCCUCCUCCCCCUCCUCCCCCUCCUCCCCCUCCUCCUUGCCCUCCUCCUCUCCCUCACCCCCCCAGGUCGCUCCCAACGGCAAGGAGAUCUUAAAGAACAUCAGCCUGGGCAUGUACCUGGGCGCCAAGAUUGGGUUUCUGGGAGCCAACGGAGCGGGCAAGAGUUCUCUCAUGCGCAUUCUGGCGGGGAAAGACACGACGUUCGAGGGGGAUUAUUACAUUGAUCCGAGCAUCAAGAUUGGGUACCUGGAGCAGGAGCCGCUGCUGGAUGAUGGGGUGACUGUUAUGGAUAAUAUCGAACCUGCUCUUAAGGAGACCAAGGACCUGCUUCAGGAGUUUGAGGAGGUGAGAGGGUGGGGAGGAGGUGAGGAGGUGAGUGUGGCGAUGGCGUCAGCGGGCGAUGCAGACAUGGACAAGCUGAUGACUCAGAUGGAGCGCCUGCAGACCCGCCUGGAUGCCUGCAACGGCUGGGAGCUCGACAGGCAGCUUCAGAGCCAUGGAAGCGCUGCGCUGUGCUGCCCUCCAGGGGACGCCCCCGUGGCCCACCCAAGUGCUGCUGCUUCUCAGUUCCACUUGCACCGCUCUCCACCCCCCUCUACCUCCCUGCCUCCCGUGCUUCUAGAGAGCCAUGGAUGCGCUGCGCUGCGCUGCCCUGCUGGGGAGACCCCCGUGGCGAACCUGAGUGGUGCUUUCACAAGCCCCUCGUGCCCUGAUCCCUGUUCUCAAACCCACUUGCACCGCUCUCCACCCCCCUCUACCUCCCUGCCUCCCGUGCUUCUAGAGAGCCAUGGACGCGCUGCGCUGCCCUGCUGGGGAGGCCCCCGUGGCGAACCUGAGUGGCGGGGAGAGGAGGCGCGUGGCCCUGUGCCGGCUGCUGCUGCAGGCGCCCGACAUUCACUCCCUGGACGGACGGACGAGCCCACGUUCGCUUUUGAGUCGACUCAAAAGCUGGACGGACGAGCCCCCGUUCCACCACCUCGACUCGAUGCAGCAGAGGCGGUGGCGCGUGCGGCAUUCUGUUUCUGGACGAGCCCACGAACCACCUGGACGCGGAGGCGGUGGCGUUUUGAGACGACCAGCCGCAUCCCUUCUGUAUCUCGCUCACACCUUGUCUAUCCCUCUCCUACCCGCCAUAUCCCCUCCCCUCCUCCACUGCAGGCGCCCGACAUUCUGUUUCUGGACGAGCCCACCAACCAUCUGGACGCGGAGGCAGUGGCAUGGCUGGAUGGAGGCACUCACUCACCAUCCCCCUUCCCCCUCCACACUCCCCUUUACCUCUCCCGCCAUCAGGCGCCGGACAUUCUCUUCUUGGACAAGCCCACCAACCACCUCGACGCGGAGGCAGCACCGGACAUGCUCUUCUUGGACGAGCCCACCAACCAUCUGGACGCGGAGGCAGUGGCGUGGCUGGAGCGGUAUCUGGCUGAAUUCAAAGGCACCGUUGUGGCCAUCACUCACGACCGCUACUUCCUGGAUAAUGUUGCAGGGUGGAUUCUGGAGCUUGACCGUGGGCAGGGCAUUCCCUUUGAGGGUAACUACUCCGCUUGGCUCGAGAGAAAGGCACAGCGCCUGGGGGCGGAGGAGAAGCAGCACUGGCAGCUUGCUCUAACAACCCCCAAAAUGCAUUCAAAAAACACAUGGGUGGAAAGGAGCACAGCAGCAGCAGCAGCAGUAGCGUCACGCUUACCACCAUUCGCCCUCUCUGUUUCCCUGUGCCCAGGUGGCGGGGUGGAUUCUGGGGCUGGAUCGUGGGCAGGGCAUCAGCAGUCAUCAGCGACCCUUACAAGAAUUCCUCAUUUCUUUUUCUUCCUCUCUAUUGCCUUUUCUGAGGUGGCGGGGUGGAUUCUGGAGCUGGAUCGCGGGCAGGGCAUUCCCUUUGAGGGCAACUACUCCGCUUGGCUCGAGAACAAGGCGCAGCGCCUGGGGGCGGAGGAGAAGCAGCAAUCGGCGCUGCAACGGGUUAUGGAGAGGGAGAUGGAGUGGAUUCGGCAGAAGGCCAAGGGGCAACAGAAGAAGGGCAAGGCGCGCAUGCGAGCGUAUGCAGAGCUCAACCCCACUUUCAGUUCCCCCCUUCCCAAUCCCCCAGACCCGCGUGCAAGCAUACGAGGAGGUAGUGAUUUGGGAGGAGGUAGUGAUUUGGGAGGAGGUAGUGAUUUGGGAGGAGGUAGUGAUUUGGGAGGAGAAACUGGAGAGCAUGUUGCUGUCUUGUCCACCAUUCCCGCCUGUCCCUGA